AUGGCCGUACUCUCGCUGUGGUUGCCUCCGCGGGGCGGGGCGGGCGGGGAAGGGGUGGAAACCCCGUGGGGGCGCGCGGAGCGCCGUCCACCGCAUGCGCGGCUGUGGCAGUCGUCUUACAUCCCACUGACGCUGCAGAAUACCGCACCCGACGACGCAGCAGAGGUGUUGUCGGCGCUUUCGUUUCUCCUGCCCGCCGCGCAGCGUCGUGAUCGGCUGGUGCAGCAGCUGGAGGAGAUACUGGGUUUUGGCACGCGUGUGGCCGGCUCCUCCUCGCCGGGGCAGCAGAAAAUGAUAGACUUCAGUGUCGCAGCGGGCAAGUGGCGACCCCCACGUGAGGCGCUUUUUCACCUCGCCGCACCCCCGCCCUCGCCGGCGUCGCGCUGGCGGCUGGAGUGGGACAAAUUUACAGACACCACACCGCUGGGGCCGCGCAACUUUUCUAACAUCAUCUUUAACUUUGAGGGCGGCUACGCCUUUCGUCGGGCACUUGCGCGGGAAACCAGGAACCGAACAACGCCACGACGCCGGCGUCGUCGCUCCUUUGCUGUUUCUGAUGCCGCAGCGAAAGACAGGAACAGUGGCAUGUGGCGAAGCAGUAUGGCUGACGAAAAGCUGCAGCAUGUUGUGUUGGCGGCGCACUGGGACAGUAAGUUCUUUGCCGACAUGGAAUUUCUUGGCGCCUGCGAUUCGGCCCUUCCGGUGGUGUACCUGUUGGAGACAAUGCGGAUGAUCACGGUGCUGUCAGACACGAGCGAUGUCCUUCGGGCGGCGGCCGUCACUGCUGGGAACAGGGAUGUUUGUGCGCAGCUGCGGCAGGCUCUCUCGCCAGCCUACCGCACAGUUCUGCGCUACUACUACGCUGAUGAUGAUGACUUCAUCCGUUGUCUCUCCGGUGGCAAGACGCGUGUGGCAAACGCCAGCGAUGCCACGGAGACGGAUGCGCAUGUGGCGCCUCGUGCGGGAGGUGACUGGCUAAGGCUGUUGCGCCAUGUGGACAACCUCCCUGCGUUGACGGUGGUAUUCUUUGACGGGGAGGAGGCGUUUGUGAGUUGGCAAGGCGAAGACCACACAUACGGCUCACGGCACCUGGCGAAGCUGUGGCAGCAGACGCGGUUUGCUGCGGCCUCGCGUGAUCGUUCCGCUGCCGACGCCGACUCCGCCCUCUCACGGUUGGAUGCUAUUGACCUCUUCGCACUGUACGACCUUAUGGGACCAGCUGGUACCCAGUUUCAUAACUACUUUCCUGAUCAGAGCGGGAAGGCGUUUGCGCUGCUCGCUGAGGUGGAGGAGGCCCACCGGCUCCGCGCCGAACGACUUGCGUGCCUUUCCAAGCAGUUAAUGGAUGCACAAGGCACGUGUUCGCCGCAGCUGCCAGAGGUCUGGUGCCGCCACGGAAGUCCGCACGACAUGUUUACUAUCUAUGGCGUGCCACGCCUCGCGGGUCCGUUGCUACACCGCACCGACCUUGCAGAGCUGUGGAUUACACCGCCUGCACCGUGUGGAACGAAUAGUGCGGGUCACCACGCGCAAAACAUAUUCUUUCCUGUGGGGGAGAAGUGGGCCAGAGGUCCACGGCUCGCUGGCGGCGUGACCGUGGAGGACGACCACAUCCACUGGAUGGGGACGCAGCGGGUCUUGCACCUUAUUCCGUGGCCCUUCCCUUCCUCGUGGCACACCGCCAGGGACGAUGGGAGCGAUAUUGACGCGGGAACAGUCGUGGAUCUCUGCCGGGUGCUCGAGGCGUUUGUGCUGCGUCUUGGCGAGGGGUGGAUGCACGAAUGA